AUGCCAAUCAACAUUACUAUCGAUCAUACCGAAUCCGUUGAUGGCUCGAGCUUAGUCUCGUCUAGGGCCAGCAGUAGCUACGAACAUUACGGCAAAUACCCAAAUCGAAUCCCUUCGCAGCUUCCGGGUCAUUUCGCACCACCUGACUAUACAGACAACGACACCUACGGGUCUGAUAGCGAGACCUUCGACGAUCUAGAUCAGGACGAAAUCGAACCAUCUGAAUCCGCAUCUCGCCCAGGCGGCCGGAAACCGGCAUCGAGGGCGGCUGCUAGCAGAUUAAGUUACCUUCCCGGUCCACCCAGAUCAUACGCUCCGCCACCUUCUUCACACUACGGUGAUUACUCGGAUCAUCACACCGAAACCACAGAGAGUGAUACCGAGGAUUACUCGCCUCAACCACAAAUAUUUCAAAGACCUCCUCCAGGCGGCAGACAGCCGCCACAACCUCGAGCAUUGCCUCCUCCACCGGGCCCUUGGCCUAGGGCCAGCGCUGCUCCAUCAUAUGGUCAUCCGCGUGCGCCACCGCCGGGGCCUCAAGCGCCUUAUGGCCACCCGCCACCACAACCAAGAGCUGCACCGCGAGGUGCACCUGCGCAUUACCCGCCGCCCCGAGGGGGCGCCUACGGUGAUGCGUUGGUAUCAUAUGGUGGACCAGACGAUGAUGAGUAUGACGAAUGGGUAGAAGAUGAUUACGAGACCGCAGCUGAAAGGGCGGCUGAAGAUAGAAGGAGGGCGGCGGCGGCGGCGGCGCAUCAACAACAACAGCAACAGCAACAGCAACAGCAAGCACAUGCCGCCCGGAUGCGAGAAUAUCAAAUGCAGAGGGAUCAAGCAAUGAGAGAAGCUGCUGCCGAUGACCGACGACGGCAGAUGGCAGAGAGAGAGGCUAGAGCUAGAGCUGAGGCUGCAGCGGCUGCAGCGGCUGCCUCUAGACCAAGCUAUUAUCCUCAGCCUCCAUAUGGUAUGCCACCUGGUGGGAUGCCAAAUGGCCAUACUAUGCCAAAUGGUCAUCAUAACCCUUAUAGCAACCCAACUUCUCCCCAGGAAUCGCUUUAUGAUCCUUACAUGACUCCACCUGCUGCGAAUAUGCCACCACCUCCCGGGGUCAACCCUUACACCUGGGCUGCGAUGCAGCAGCAGCAGCAGCAGCAACAACAGCAGCAGCAGCGUCAUAGGAUGAGUAUGUCUGGUGUGCCAGGUAUGAUGCCGGGUAUGAUGCCGGGUAUGGCAGGAAUGGCAGGAAUGGCAGGAAUGCCGGGUAUGCCGGGUAUGCCCGCGUAUAGUAUGGGAAUGGUUCCAUAUCAACCCCCAGUUAAAGAAGAGGAGAAGAAAGAAGAAAAGAAGAAGGAGGAACCUCCACCCCCAGCUGCUCCUCCGGCCCCAUCUGCCCCAUCUACGGCUCUUGUUCUUGCAGUUCCACCGGCUUACAACCCAACUCGUAUGUCCAAAACUGAAGAGGAUAAGAAGUUUGAACGAUUGAUGGAAGAGAAGAAGUUGCGGGAAGAGGAACGUAGACAUAGAAUAGAGCAAGAAGCUAGGGACAGACAAGCUAAGCUCGAAGAUUAUGAGCGCAAGAGGGAGGAGGAAGCUGCAAAGGCUGCCGAAGCAGCAAGAGCCCAAGCGGUGGCAGAAAAAGCAGAGGCGGAUGCUCUCGCCGAGAAAGAGGCACAAGAGAAGGCAUUAUUAGCAGAGCAAGAAUCAAAGGCUAAAGAAGCUGCUGAAAAGGCAGCCGCUGAGGCACAAGCUGCGAAAGAUGCCGCGGAGAAAGCACUCGAAGAAAUGAAGGCAGCAAACGAGAAGGCUCUCGAAGACGCAAAGGCCGCCAAUGAAAAGGCCCUUGAAGAUGCAAAACUCGCAAGGGAAAGGGCUAUCGAGGACGCAAUGAGAGCUGCCAUUGAGGCAGAAAGAAAGAGAGUAGAUGACGCCGCCGCCGUCGCUGCCGCCGAAGCGGCUGAGCAAGCACGAAAGGAUGCAAUUGCAGCUAAAGAGGAGGAACUGAAGAAGCGCGAAGCAGACUUAAUUAAGAAGGCUGCAGAUGAUGUUGAAGCGGCAAGGAAGAAACUCGAGGAGGAUAUCGAGGCGGCAAAGAAGAAGGUAGAGGAGGAGGCUGCUGCUGCGAAGGCAAAGAUGGAGGAAGAGGCCACGGCACUCAAGGCUAAGUUAGAGGAGGAGGCUGCUGCCGCAAAGGCUAAAGUAGACGGAGAAGCUGCUGCUGCUGCUGCUGCGGCCGCUGCCGAAGCCGAAAGGCCCCGAUUUAUCCGAUUCCGUGAUGCUGUCAACCGCAAGUUCCAAUUCCCUUAUCAACUUUGCCAAAAAUGGGAGGGAAUGGAACGUCUUAUUCAUCAAGCUUUCAAGCAUGUUGACAUUAUCGGUCCCCACGUUAUUGACGGACAUUAUGACCUGCACGGACCCGACGGACAAAUCAUCCUCCCUGGAGUUUGGGAUGUCACCGUUCAACCUGACUGGGCGAUUACCAUGGUUAUGUGGCCACUUCCUGAACCACCACCACCAGAACCAGAACCAGAACCAGUUCCAGAGCCACCAGCACUCCCACCACCAGAAGAGAUGACUAUCAUUGUGGAGCCCAUACCUGAGGCUGCACCUCCAUCACCUCCACCAAUGGUGACUAUUGCUGAGAUAGCCGCUGCACUGCCAGAGCCCGAGCCCCUUCCAGCACCACUUCCGCCUCGCCAAAUAGAGAUAGAACCAUCUCCAGCGCCAGUCAGCCUUAAGCCAGUUGUUGUGAAGAAGUCACAAAAAGCACGCCCGACUGAAGUCAACCCUAUCUUGCUCUGGACCGCAGGACGAUACAACCCAAAGAGAGGGAAAUAA